UAAGGAGCAUGCGUGAUGCGACGUCAACGAGCGCAAAAGAAGAUACCGCCCCCUCGGCACCUGCGCAGUAGACCGACUCCUCCCCUUUCUUUUCUUCCCGCGGUAGACAUGGCGGCUCCCUGGGCGCCUUUCACCGCUACGGUCACUAGCUUUCUUUUUACUCGCAGUAGGAGUGGCCUGGCUCGGAGCCUAGUCGCCUGGAAAGCAGCGGCAAUUGAGCAGCGAACGGCAUGUGGGACCCAGGUAUUAAGGGUAAUACAUACCACCAACACUACACAGAAGAAAAAUGUUGCAACCUCACAACGUGGAGAAUAUACAGUGGCUUUUAUUAAAAAACAGAUUGAAGAAUUCAACAUAGGAAAGAGACAUUUAGCCAAUAUGAUGGGAGAAGAUCCAGAAACUUUUACCCAAGAAGAUAUUGAUAGAGCUAUUGCAUAUCUCUUCCCAAGUGGCUUAUUUGAGAAAAGGGCCAGGCCAAUUAUGAAGCAUCCUGAUGACAUUUUUCCAAAGCGUAGAGCAAUCCAAUGGGGAGAAGAUGGCCGUCCAUUUCACUUUCUAUUUUAUACUGGCAAGCCGUCAUAUUACUCAUUAAUGCAUGAAGUAUAUGGAAUGACAUUAGACCUGCAAAAACACUCAGAUUACCUGAGAGCCAAAGGUCUGUUGCCUCAAAAAAACAAACAAGACCUGAUUGGCAACAGAUGGCUGAUUAAGGAGGAACUAGAAGAAAUGUUAGUGGAAAAACUGUCAGAUCAAGAUCAUAUGCGGUUCAUUCAGCUGCUCGAAAGGUUAUUGACAUUGCCAUGUGGUAGCACUGAAGAAGAAUACAUACGCAAGUUUCGCAGAGAUAUACCUAUUCAAUCCAAAAAAAAGCUGAUCGAGCCUCUACAAUAUGAUGAACAAGGAAUGGCCUACAGCAGUGGGGAAGGCAAAAGAAAAACUGCAAAAGCAAAAGUAAUAGUCUAUGAACAUGGAAGUGGAAGAAUAAAAGUAAAUGGAAUAGAUUAUUUGCUUUAUUUUCCAGUAACACAGGACAGAGAACAACUGAUGUUCCCAUUCCAUUUCCUUGACCGACUUGGAAAACAUGACAUGGACUGCACAGUCUCAGGUGGAGGGAGAUCUGCACAAGCGGGAGCACUUCGCUUAGCAACUGCAAAUGCAUUGUGUAGUUUUAUCACUGAAAAUGAAGUAGAAUGGAUGAGACAAGCUGGUCUACUGACUCCUGAUCCUCGUGUCAGAGAACGGAAGAAACCAGGCCAAGAGGGAGCCCGCAGGAAAUUCACCUGGAAGAAACGCUAAGUCUUAUUCAAAGAAAAGGAUUGGUUCUGCUGGGCGGCGUUUUUAGAAACGUUUUGAUCUGUAUAAUUUAUGUUCAAAUGAUAUGUCAAUAUAUAUUUGAAAAUUUACAAAAACUA